UUGGAGCUCAACACGCUCAAAACAGAUACACCAGAGCUCAAUCAACGCCUUUCCACACACUCCAGACACACUCAAGUAAAAUGGAUUCUCCAAGCUCGUCUCUCGACCAGAAUCUAGAUCUGUCGAAGCUUUCGCCAAAGGACAAGCAGGAGUUGCAGCAAUUCGUUGUGAAUGAGAGCCAGAAGGCGAGAAUACAGCAAACUGUCCAUUCUCUGACGGACGUUUGCUGGCGAAAAUGCGUUACGGGCACGAUUCGAAGUGGAAAGUUGGAGAAGAACGAGGAGGCAUGUGCACAGAACUGCGUGGACCGUUUUCUUGAUGCAAACCUACUUGUGAUUAAGCACUUGGAUUCGAUGAGAAACUCGCAGUAGGGGAAUAGGAUACGGAGGGAAAAUACCAGGAAGCUUCGGCAAGGAUUGGACAUGGAGACAUGGACGGAAGCAUUGUAUGACUAGGGCAUCACAGGAUUGAAGGAACAUUGUGUGUCGAUAUGGGCGGUCAAAGAUGGACUUCACUCUUACGACGAGCAUAGACACCUCGACAGACACGAGGUAUAAUGAAAGUCUGUUCAAUAGCACAAAGACAAUUGAGGUGGGAUUCAAAGC